GCAGACGAGCCAAGAUGGCGUCCAAUUUCCACGGAAAACAACAUAGCUUUAGUGAUAGAAAGCUGUCAGAAGGAUUGGAACACAUACGAUUAGCUGAGAAGUGUAUGAAGACAUCUCUGUUCAAAUGGAAGCCAGAUGUGGAUGGAGCAGUAGACGAAUACAGGAAAGCUGCAACAAGUUUUAAGAAUGCCAAAGCCUAUGAUGAAGCCAAGGACAUGUAUCUGAAGACUGCUGAACUCCAACAACAAAGUGGAGCAACAUUUCAUGCUGCCAAGUCAUUUGAACAGGCUGCCAUGAUCUGUAAAGAGAACAAGGAGAUAGAUCAGUGUCUCCACCUAAUGCAGACUGCGGCGGUGAUGUUCCAGGAGCACGGCACUCCUGACACAGCAGCACUCACACUGGAUAAAGCUGCCAAAAUGGUGGAGAUGAACCAGCCUGAGAAAGCCAUUGAUAUCUACCUAAAGGCCUGUGAUGUUGCUGAGAUUGAAGAUCGACCUCGACAGUGUGCAGAAUACAUUGGAAAAGCUGCAAGGCUCAUGAUAAGGUGUAGAAGGUAUGUAGACGCAGUGAAGACAAUGAAGAAAGAGAUAGACUAUUACACAGAGUGUGAGAACUUUGAACUGCUGAAUAAGGUGAUCAUGGGAACAGUGUUGGUCCACCUCACUCAGGAGGACUAUGUGGCUGCUGACCUCUUCUUCAAGUCUUGUCUCACUUUGACAACAUUCGGGUGCAGUGAAGAAGCAGGAGCACUGGAGGACCUACUGACAGCCUAUGACCAGGGAGAUGAGGAGAUGGGGAGGAGGACAUUGAAACUCCCCCUCUUUAAGUACUUGGAUAAUGCUUUUGCCAAACUGGCGCGAGACCUAGUGAUUCCUGGAGGAGCCGUGUCUCCAACAGGCAACUCUAGUGCUCUUCAAAGCCCGGGCCAAGAAAGUGCGGGAGAGGCUUUUCCUGAUGGUCUUUGUUAGUAUUAAUGAUUUGCAGGGUGGGUGGAAUGUUUGUAAGGAGAGCUUAAAAGAUUGAAUGCAACUAUAGGUAGAACUUAUCAGCUAUUUGGUUGUUUGAGGGGUCAUUCUGGUCAAUGUGGAUCCCAUUAAGUAAUAACCAGUUUUUAGUUGUAACUGAGGAAGAGGAGUGUUUUAACUAACUUAUGAACCGUCCAAAUGCAAGAAAUAUCAGAUAGAAUUGAAAAAACCCACUGGGUUACCCAUAUAGGGAAACAAUACAGUAGUCGAUGACAGCGGUCGAGAGAAAGACCAAGUGCAGCAUGGACACAACUUAAGUUAUUGACAUGUAAGAUUGAACACCCUUUCAUCACCUGCCUGGUGGCUCAGUGGGAAGGCAAUGGGUUAAAAUACUAAACGUUACAAUAUGUGAGGUUGCAGGUUCGAUUCAUAUGAUGGAAUUUUCAUGUAAAAACAGUUGUGACUUUUUACCUGUCAAAACACCCUGCUACACAUGAUUUGUCAUCAAAUUGCUGUAGGUGUUGUUUUGUUAACCUUUGAUGAAAUUACAACAAUCAGCAAAAGGCUUUAACAAAUUUGCAACUGGUGAAAUUUACCAAUCAGUGAAUGCCUUUAAUGAAUUAAUAGUCUUACCUCGGGUUUUUGAAACGUUUGGAUGAAAAUAUAAUAUUUAUUUUUGAGGCAUUAAGGAUAUAGGCACAGUUUUAGACAAAAUGAGCCAGGAGUAUUCAACCUGGCUAAUGAGGCACUAGAAGGUUAAUGGUCACACUAGCAUCUACUGUGGGUAGCAACUACACUAUGUUAUGAGGGUAUUUCCUCUGAAAGUGUUUUUAACUGGUGAAGAUGAAACUUGGCAGACAUGUUCCCACUAACAAUGUCAGCUGAAGGUGUUAAAGAGGUCCAAAAACUCAAAGAAAACCCACAUAAAAGCAUUAUUAAGCCACUGUAGAUAGGACAGGGAUUUAUCCGGAUAUCGGCCUCUGAGCAGGUCAAGAUACGUGUAAAACCCUGUAGAGCAUGGUAAAGUGUAACGUGGUAUGAAGUGGGUAUGUAAGAGGUGCUCUUCAUCUAUGCCUUUGCUGUGUUUAAAAUAUGACCUUUGCCAGUGACCGAACUUUCAAUUUCUAGACAGUAACAAUUUCCUAUUCUUCCCAUGAAUUAAUUAAAGAUUGAUCUGUAUACAAUGGGUAUAUAUCAAAAUGAAAGCAUGAUAGCUUUGCCAAAGUGUACAUAUUAUCCCAAAAUGUUUAUAGGGCUUAACAAUGCUUCAACUCUCUUGCUGCUAAAGUUAGCUAGAAGCUUGAAGAAAUGUUUGAUGGAGCAAGUCAACUCUGUCUUGUAAAUCUUUGGACUUGUUCAUAAUCAUGAUGGUAGAUGAUUUCAAUCAUGUCACAGUGGAAUUUGAAUACCCAAACACUAAAGUUGGCUGAAAAGUGUUUGAACUGACCGACAGAGGAUUCUUGGGGUCAUUAUGCUUUUGCAAUAGUUUUGGAAUAGUUAUGACAUGCUUACACUUUUGCAAUAGUGGUACAACCUUUGCUUGACAAUUGCUACAAUACGUUUACCUGACCACAAUAGAGAUUUUAUUGUAUGACACAAAAUGACAAAGUUAAGGGACAGACCGCUGAUUAUUGUUGGAUAUAAUUUAACAAACAUAUCUCUUCAAACAAGAUGUAUUUUGGAUAAAAAUGAAUAUGAUGGCCAUAAUUAACUUGGUUUUUCUUUCAUUCUGUCUUUUCAUACCAUCAAUAGAGUGCAGAAUGGAUGUUAAAUAUUGUUAAUGUUACUUAGAGUUGAUAUAUCUAGCCAUUGGCAUAAACAGUUCAAUCAGUCACCACACCCCUGACCGGUAUUGCUUUGACUUUUAAUUCAGCAAAGAUUAUCUGAUUUGAUCUGAAUGCUGGGUGUGUUAUUUCUUGGAAUCAUUUGAGUUGCAGGCACCCAUAUUCCUGGAUUGUUGUUCGAAAUAAUUCCAAAAUGUUUAUCUGUGAGACAAAAUAUGUCAUCAUUAUGAUCAUUCCAAACAUUCCGUCUGUGACCAGUUUAGAGACUAUAUUCAAUCUGUACAUGAUGACGUGUUGCAAAUCAAAUUACCGGUACUAUGCUUUUGUGAAGUUGCUCAAAUAGAAGUGACUUGAAUUGUAUGAGUUGUAACACGUGAAUGUAGACUUUGAGAAAUAAUGGUCACACUUGCAACAACCAACAGCUCUGAUUGUAUUAACAGAGGUGAUGAAACUGGGAUUACGAAACACCAGACUUUCUGAUGCUCUUCUUUAUUUGGUUUAUUUAGAAACCUAAGAUUCUGACAAUAGUCAUUCUUGGUUUAUCCCUGUGCCAAGUAUUUGGCUAUGCUGUCUUCUGUCUUUCGUCAGUCUCACUAAUGUUUGCACAUAUUAAAGAUAAGAAUUGUUUCGGGGACAAGCAGAAUGAAAAUGGGCAUUGGGUACUUUCUAAUGUGUAUUCUUUACAUAGAUAUGCUCAAUAUGCAACCAUGGCCACAAGUCCCUAUACCAUGUAUACCAAGUCGCUUAAAAACUCAUGCCUAGUGAAUCUUUUAGUUGGUAUGUCUAAUAAUAGCUAACAGAACUCUACUGUCUACUGAAAGUGAUGCCAGUUCAGGUUACAAGACUCAAAGGUUUUGGCAAAGAGGAAAUGAAUGUAAUGAAGGCAGAUGGGCAAUACAACUGUACACAUCGCUGACUGACUCACUGUUGUAUGCCUGGAUUCACAAUGCAAGACUGAAGAAAUGUUCUGUGGAUUUAUAGUACUGUGUCAAGUACCAGCUGGCUAUUUAUAAGUGUUGUUGUCAACUCUGGUUGAAUAUAGAUGCCCGUUUCCUCUUAUUGGGUUACACUAGGGCAGCAUAGUCAACUGUGAUAUAUAUAUAUAUAUAUAAUAUUACUGCUUCUAAAAUAAAAUAUAACAGUUUGAAUGUGACUUGUUCAUGUGAGUGUUGUAAUCCUGUUUUCUACAGAUGCAAUUGUUGCAUCUCCAAUUGAUAUAUUGUUUAG